AUGGCUAAAUCAUGUUGUUCUUUUUUCUUAUUUAUCACACUAUUACUCCAACUAAACAAUCCAUGCAGUUCUUUACUAGAACAAGUAGUAACUCCACCAUUACCAAUUCUUCCACUCCCAACAUACUCACAGCCAAAAUGGAAACAAAGAGAAAUCAUACUUUUCCUUCAUUUCGGUGUUAACACAUUCAGUGGCAAAGAACGAGGUACAGGCCAUGAAAAUCCAUCGAUAUUCAAUCCGAUUACGCUCAACAUAACCCAAUGGGAUAAUGUGGCAGAAGAAGCAGAAAUUUCCUUGAUGAUAUUAACUGCGAAAAAUCAUAAUGGAUUUUUUCUAUGGCCUUCUAAGUACACCAAACAUUUUUUCAUUAGUAGCUAUUGGAAAAAUGGUAAAGGUGAUGUUGUUCAAGAGUUUGUGAAUGCAGCUACUCAUAAAGGAAUUGAUGUUGGGAUCUAUCUUUCACCUUGGGAUAGACAUGAUUCUAGAUAUGGUCAUGAUUUGCUUUACAAUGAAUAUUAUUUAGGCCAAUUGCAAGAACUUCUUAAGAAGUGA